UGACGAUGCAUUCAAACACGACCACUUUACGCCAGGAAGGGGAGCCAGUGUAUUUCCUUCUCCGUCUUUAUUGAAAGGUUGUGCCAAAGUAAGCAGCAGCAGGACAGCCGAGGCUUGGACACUUCAGUCUGGAGUCUGAGGGGCGAAGAAUCAUCAUGAAGACGACCGAGCUGCUUGUGUUCCUUCUGUUCGCGUCCCUUCAAGUCUUCACACCAGUUUCAUCAGAAAACGCAACAAGUGAUGUCCUGGUCAAUGUGACUUCAAAGACACCAGGUAACAGCACCAAAACGUCUGAACAGGUGACUACACUGCAAGCAUCAAGGAUAACAACACCAGUUUCAACUGAACCUCCAGUGUUGACCACAUCUUCAGUCACAGGAGGACCUACAAAUUUUCCACCUUUAGAAACCACCGUUGAAAACCGGGUCAACAAUGUCACGCAAGAGGUGCAAGCAAGAAGCCAUCGCGACCACAACCAAGGCAACCGAUCUGUGACAACAGAGAUUCCAGCACAUACUCCGCCUGUAAACCAAAGCAACGCCAACGCCAACGCCAACGCCACGCUCCCCCCUCAGCCAGGCAUGAGCACAUCUGCCCCCAAACAAACAUCUGCCCCCAAACAAACAUCUGCCCCCAAAAACACAUCUGCCCCCAAAAACACAUCUGCCCCCAAAAACACAUCUGCCCCAGGCGUGCAAGUCAAACCAAAAGGUGCUGGAGAGAAGGGGGCUGGUUCUCAGAAAGGGAGUGAGGGUGAUUUGUCCGUUGCCAAAUCAGACAAAAGGCUGUGGUGGAUUCUGCUGCCUGCUCUCCUCGUUGCAGCUGCUGCUGCCAUUUUCUUCAAAUUUAAAAGCAAGAAGAUCAACGACCACACAGAAACCCUUGACACCGGAACUGAGAACGCAUCUUUCCAGAGCAGACCUGAAAGCAGCAAAGAUGGUGUCAUGCUCCUCAGGGUGAAGUCAUCGGGCGGAGAAGAACAUGCUGCAGCAAGAUAAAAAUAAAAGGAGGGCAGUGACAUCAAGAUUGAUCAGUGGAUUCGUCACGACUUCCCCCCCGUGCUGAUCUCACGGAGGAACUAUUGAGAUGUUUGAUAUUUCUUCUUUCAAAUUCAGUGAAACGUUGUGUUUUCUGUGAAGCAGAAAAAGCAUUGAACAGUGUUUUUUUACUGAAUGACUUCUGUAUGUGUGUUUACAGAGCCAGCCCAAGGCAUAAGCCAACUAAGCGGCCAAUAGUGUGUGUGGAAAAAAACAUAAACAUUUGAACAUAUUAAAGAAAUGUAGAUAUCUUUAGAUAUCUAAAUAGUGUUGAUCUUAAGUUAUUUGGUUUUAUUUUGGAGUUAUAGGUUGCUCAUUUAGUGCACAUUUGCACAUCUGUUAGUAUCACCACUCUAUAAUUUAAUUUAAUACGAGGCCACAUUUAGGGGGAUUUUACUGCCCCUUCUAGGGUUUAAAAAACAAUAGUGUUUGGUGUAAAUAACUCAGCUAUACUUAAUGCAAUUUAUAUAUCAAUAAUAGUAAAGCACCAGCUACUCUUAAUUGAUGCGGGGGGUGAACACAAAAUUAAAUUCCUCUUAGAUUGCCAUAAAGGCUUGGGCCGGCCCUGUGUGUGUAUGUGUGACUGUGAUUGUCAAACUCAGAGAGAGAGAGAGAGAGAGUGAACUUAUACAUAAACACUUAAGACAUGAAACUGCAAACCUCCUUACCUACAUUUUCUUAAACUGUGCACUGACCUCACAUCAUCACACAUUUGGUGUAGCGACUGUUCUUAUAUUAUUAUGUUUUUAUGUUUGUGUACAUGUGUUUGAGUUAGGGUUAGGGAAUGCAUCAUGUCAAUGAUGUGUCCUCACGAGGUUAUAAAAACAAGUGUGAGUGUGUCAUUCAAUAGCCCCAAACAGACAACUGCACAACAACAACACCACACAUUCACCAUCAGUUUUGUAUUUCACUAAGAAGAGUUUUGCAGUAGUGGAAGUAACUUUAAUGUUUGUUAAUAUGAAUAUGUCAAUUCAGAACGCUGUAUUUUAAGACACUGGAACGACUUUAUGGCUGGAUUUUUCUCUCAAUGCUACAGAUUACAUAAUAAAUGCAUCUUUGCUUAUUUA